AUGACGCAAUCAUCACCGUCAACGACGGAGGACGAGGAGUCGCAGUCGGUGUGGCAGUCAUCGGGUGGGCAGGGUGCACGAGUUUCCGCUGCCGCUGAGCAUCGGAGGUGGGUAUGGGGAAGGGGAGGUUGGGAUGGGGGUUGGGGAAGAUGGGAUGGGGGUGCCUUUUUCUAG